AUGUUCUCUCUUCCUCUUUUUUUCUUUCUUUCUUUCUUUCUUUCUUUCUUUCUUUCUUUCUUCAAUUUUUUCCUUUCUUUCUUUCUUUUCUUUCAAUUUCCCUCACAUCGUAACGUUUUUCCCUCUGUUCUCUCUCCCUCUUUUACAUUUCUUUCUUUCUUUCUUUCUUUCUUUCUUUCUUUCAAUUUCCCUCACAUCGUAACGUUUUUCCCUCUGUUCUCUCUCCCUCUUUUACAUUUCUUUCUUUCUUUCUUUCUUUCUUUCUUUCUUUCUUUCUUUCAAUUUCCCUCACAUGAUAAUAUUUUUCCCUUUGUUCCUUCUACCUCUUUUACAUUUCUUUUUUCCAAUUUCCCUCUGGUGAUAAUUUUUUGUCCUUCUUUUACACUUUCCUUCUUUCUUUCCUUCUUUCUAUCCUUCUUUCUUUCUUUCAAUUUCCUCUCACGCGAACCUAUUUUCUCCAGUGUUUCUCCAUAUGUUUUCUUCUUUCUUCAAAUAUUACAUAACUCUUCUUCGAAUUUGCUUCAUUUCUUACUUUUUUCUUUCUUUUGA